GUGAAGUCCUAUAAGUUAUAUGGGUAUAAACUGAAUAUAUAUUUGGAAUAUGGCAAAUAUGUUCCUGUGUUUUGCUUUGGGAUUCUUAUACAUGUUUACUGCUAAUGCUGCAUUGCCAAAAAGCCAUUAUGGAAAGGAAUUCUAUAUCGGGAUGAUUGCUGGUCGUACAUGGACACCAGAUUUCCAAAUCGAUAUUGCAUCAAAAGAAAAGGGGAACAUGUACCUCGACAUCCCACAUUUGAACAUACAUCGGAACCAAAGCUUGUCAAAAGGAGAUACCACUCUGACGGUUAGCAAUGCAUUAAUUCGUGGGGGAACAUUUAUAGAAAACCGUGGUAUAUACUUGAGUGCAGAUGUACCCGUGGCUGUUUAUGUGACGUGGAAAGCUGUAAGUUAUGUGACGGAUACUUACUUAGCAUUACCUUUGUCUUCAUUAGGAACACGAUACACUGUUGCUUCUUAUGAUCCUUUUAAUGUGACUGAUGGUAACAACAGAAUCACUAUAGUAAGAUUAGAUUGUCAAGAUGUUCAUCAACUGUCAAGUCAAACAGACAUUUCUAAUAUAGCUAUUUGGUCAGAUAAGCCAGUUGCUACUAUAUCGGGAACAUCAUGUGCUUUUGUUCCGCAUGACGUUGGUAACUGCGAUAUGCUUUUGGAACAAAUCAUUCCAGUAUCGUCGGCUUGGGAUACAAUGUUUAUUGUUCCUCCUAUCUUCCCCAAACUAGGAUAUCUUGUUAAAGUAUUUUCUGCCAAUAAUGCAAAAUAUUGUUUAAAAACUGUUUCAACAACACUUUGUAACCAGUCGUAG